AUGCUUCAGCAGCGGAACAAUCCAAAAGGCAAGUCCUGCAAGACGCGCAGUGUGCAAUGGAUUCUGCUUGAUGGUCCUGUCGAUGCAGUUUGGAUCGAGAACUUGAACACAGUCCUUGACGACAACAAAAAGCUAUGCUUGAACAGUGGUGAAAUCAUCAAGUUGACGCCAGUCACCACGAUGAUGUUUGAGGUGGAGGACUUGUCUGCGGCGUCUCCAGCGACCGUCUCGCGUUGUGGCAUGGUGUUCCUGGAGCAGCAGGACAUCGGCUGGCGAGUGCUCCUGAGCUCCUGGUGCGAACGGUUGCCAGACCGGCUCAAAGACCAGGCAGCCUUGCUGCAGGAGCUGAUGGACUCCUGCCUGGAUGCCGUCUUCGAGAUGGUCUCCAGAAAGGUGUCGAAGCCGGUGCCUGUGAGCGUCAACUGGCUGGUGCUAAACCUCCUGCACUUGCUCUGGGCGCUCCUGCAGGCAGAGCUACCACUGGAUCCAAGCACCAAGGAUGUGGCCGUGAAGGAGAAGGAAGCGAAAGUCGAGGCAGUGCCGGUCAGCCUUGGGGAUGGUGCUCAGGCCUUGCAUGACCUUGAAAGUCUACCACGAGGGUCGCUUCGCGCGCUCCAAAGUAAAUCCUUGCCCGGCGUAUGA